AUGUGGUUCGCGUUCACAAAACAACAUUGUCAUCUCGCAACUAAGGUUGUGAGCGCGAAGCCUUCCAAGUCCGAAACCCGUCGGACCGUCGACAUCCUCUUCGUCCACUGUCCCGCCGGCGGUGAAACAUCGCGUAUCACCAGCCUGGCCAUCUUCGACAGAGGCGAGUCGCUCUACCGUACUGAACACCCGCUCGAGUCUCCCCAGCCAGUCAACGGGCAUUCGGCCAUCCUAGCCAACAGGUCCUGGGAGCCUCUCGUGGACCGUCUGAACAAACUCCAAAUCGAGUGGGAUCCAUCCACCCGCGCCAUCUUUUACCCCCGGGCUGAGGUUGAGGCCCUCAUCACUGCGGAAGAAACUCUGACGAACGACGAAAUCGACGAGUAUGCCUUGCGCGUCUGCCGAGACACACUCCCCGACGGCACCCAUGUCAGCUACAAGAGAACCUUUGCCAUCUUGCUUCUCUUCCGCCGGGGCUACGACAUUGUCUUGUUUGUCGACGUGCGGAUCCAUGACGCAAAGCUCCCUCUCGAAAAGGUUACAGUCCAAGGCAACGUGAGGAUGCGCCACGAAAGCGACGUCGGGACUGACCUCCCUUGCCUACGCCACUGGGAUACCACGGCCCACAGGGAUUUCGGCGAGAAGCAGUGGAGUAUGCUUGCACCCUUCCUGGCCAAAGGCAACCGUCGACGCGCUUGGUUCUACCAGCUCUCCGAAAGGGACAUCCUCCCGUGGACCAGCAAAGAAGUUUCUGUGCGCGAGGGAGGCUAUGGCUCCAUAUCCAAGGUCAAGAUCUAUUCAGGCCAUCAUAACUUUGACGGGGGCAAUGGUUUCUUUGCCGUCAAAGAGUUCAAGCCUAAGGCCACGCCAACCUCCGGAACGGACCUGUCGGAAAGCUUUGAGCGCGAGAUUGAGAUCCUCAUGCGAUUCUCUGGUGACGUCCACCCACACCUGAUAUCACUUCAGGCGGCUUACCGGCAAGGUGACACUUACUGUGUCAUCCUGCCCUGGGCAGAUUGCGACCUUAAGUCUCUUUGGAAGAGAAGCUCGCUCGGAGACCCCUUGCACAAGCCCAACCUCGUAUGGAUGCUGGGUCAGUGUGUGGGAAUAGCCAGCGGCCUGAACAGAAUCCAUCGCUACACAAGCACCGAAACCGCGACGGAUGAAGAGGCCGAUGCUUCGCCACGCAACAACAAGAUCUAUGGCCGGCACGGAGACAUCAAGCCGGAAAACAUCCUCCUAUUCCGCGACCAUCAGAACUCCCAAGACCUGGAGUGCGACAUGGAGAAACGCACCGUAUCCAGAUCCUUUGACAUCUGGUCGCUCGGGUGUGUCUUGCUGGAAUUCGUUGCCUGGUACCUUGGCGGCUGGGACUUGGUCAGCGAAUUCGUCACUUGCCGCAAGACGACGAACCCUCUCUACGCCGGCUGGCUGGUCGAUGAUUUCUUUGAGAUCAUCAGACACGAGCAAACAUCACUCGGAACCGUAUAUGUCCGGGUAAAAUGCGAAGUCCAUGAUUUCGUUCACAACAACCUGCACGCUCACCCAAAAUGCCCGAAGCCAGUUCAAGAUCUCCUGGACUUCGUUAUGGAGAGGAUGCUAGUCGUCGAGUCAAGGGGUAUUAGGAAGCGAGCUCAAUGUGGCGAAGUUGACGCGACCCUCCAAGCCAUCUACCACGCGGUUGAGGAUAGCAACCUCCAGACGCUGACGGCCCAGCCCCGGUCAAAGGUGAACAACCUCCCGGAAGCGGUCGAGAUGUCCCCCAACACAAUGGCAAGGCGGAUUGCGCUGCACAGGUAUGCGGAGCUUCCCACGCAUACUGGCGAUACUCGUACAAUCUUCCCCUAGUUUGUUCGUUAGUGUUAAUUAGACUUUGAGACCAGGGUCAACCUCAAUACUGCGAUCGUAGCUGAUAUGGAGGUACUUGGGAGGUAUAUGAUGUAUUUGGGCAGGGGCUCACGAUGG